CACUCCCCUACCACGGCCCUACGCCGUCAUGGAUCGGCCCCUGAGCUAGAAUGAUAGGUCCUCAGACCUUCACAGGCCCUUUUGCUUGGCCGAUAAUCUUCUAUGGCUUUGGAAGCAGCAGCAGCUGCUGCUGCUGCUGUUGGUGCUAGCUUCUCAGGCAGUGGACAGUGCCUCCACCACCUCCAAGACCAUACAUACCCUUUUUCUCCCUCUCCCUUCUGCUUUUUCACACUCACUGGCACUCCGUCGCGUCUCAUCACUCCUUUGUGGGCGCCUGUUGCUCUUCAGCAUUCAAGCUCUAGUCAUUCUUUAAUCCAGUGAUUAUUCUUAGUCGAAUAUACUGCCCUCAUUCUUUUUUGGCAGGCGUUCCCUUAUCCAAUCGUUUUUCUUGAGUGCGAUAUCGGACCGUGACAAGCUUUGUGCUGCUGUCAAUCAGUAUCAAUUCACCCGCGAUUGAAUUUGAGCGAAAGCGAGAAAAAAAAAAAA